AAAUCAUUAGAUAAUAACUGUAACACAGUUAGAAAAUUAGGUACAAGGAACUAUCGAUCACUUACAAAAUAUAAAAAGAAUAAGGAUUUAAAUAAUGUUUGGUUUAAGGAAAAGUAUUUAGAUAGUGGUGUUAAUGAACAAAAAGAUAUAUAAAAUAAUAUAAAAUGGAUCAAAGGAGAAAACAAAGAAAGUGAUAAAAGCUUUUUAAAUAAGUGUCAAUACUACAUAGACGUUGUAGAUAAUAAUAAUGGAAUGUUUGAUAGAAAAUGUUACCAUUUUAAAAAAAAAAUGAUCAAAAAAAAAGAUUAUGAUGAAUAUAGAAUUUAUGAUAUAUCUUUAAAAAAUUAAAAAUUUAGAAAUUAUGGUUAUGUUGUUGCUAUAUUUAUUAUUAUUUCCUUGUUUGGAGAAGGAAUACCAGUAUUAUCAGGAAUGAAAUCUUUAGAUACAGUAUUGAAAUCUAUUACGGAGUUUGCAUUAUUUGAACCCUUUAAAAAUGUUAUAAAUAAUUUAUCAGAAUCACAUAAAUACUGUCUUUUAUUAAGCACAAUUAUAAUUAUUUUAUCGAUUAUAGUUAUAAAAACGAUUUGUAAGAUUUUAAUAAAUAAUGAAAAAUAUACAAAAUUUGGAUUAAUGAAUGAGUAA